AUGAAGGAGGCAGCGAGGUUCCAGCGCAGCUCCCAGGGCCGCGGCCGGAGCAGCUCUGAGCGUUCGGUUCACCCCACGGCGCCCUUAAAAGGCGUCGGGACAAACCAACGGGCCGCUGAGGAGAGUAGGGGGAUUUCUCCGGCUCGCAGAAUCCCCGUAAACCGCCCACUGAGGCCCAAGCCCUAUGGCGGACGGAGUGGUUCCGCCCCUAACGAGUCACCCCUCCAAAUCAGCGCAGAAAGUGGAUGGGCCCAGUUAGAGGCAUAUCUUGGAACUCGCGGGGGAGGCCAUGUCGGAGGAAGAUUUGCUUUUUUCCUUGGUGAGGACGCGGAGACCACGUGUACUGAGCUCUUCCUAUCCAUAAGACAGAGGGGAAGCUCUGGCUCAGGACCCAGUUUUAGGUCCAAUCAGAGGAAGAUUUUACACCUGCUCCUGGAACAAAACUUCUUUGCCAUCUGUUGAGAUUUCCCUAGAUCUCCCGUGCUGGGCAGAUUCCUUGGUGAUUCUGCAAACCUAAGCGUUUUGUCUGGUCCACUCUUGUUGCUGAAGAGGACUAAGCUCUGGAAGCAAUGUGCUGCUGAGCUGCCUGAGUUUGCCUGGGACUUAGGAAGGCAUUUAGCAAUCAUCCUUGGCAAUUCCACUGUAUGUGCACUGCCAACUGCACCGGGGAGACACCAAGAUCCGAAGUACGUCAACCCAGAAACAAUGGCUGCCUUGCUGUCUGGAGAGCUCCAGCACCUGAUUGAGAUCUUAAUCAUUGAUCACCCCUGCCCCUCUGAGUACCUAGGAGGACGUAUCCAGGUGAGUGUUACCUUCUAUAGUCAGAAAGAAUUAUAUGACUUCUUUCUAAAGAGGCCCAUUAUUCCCUUGGACACCCAGAAAAGAAUAAUCAUCCUGUGAUUCUCAGGGAGGGGCCCCCAAACCUACCAAGUGAUUAGGGAAGAGGAUGGGACUCUGAACCAGCACUUUGCCUGGUACUACCCAGAGCGGCACAUCCUUGAAGGGGGCUACAGAGACUUCUUUCUGGAAUACAUGGAGCUGUGUGAGCCUGGGAGCUACUGCCCUGUGCAUCACUAGGACCACCAGGCUGAGCUGCUGAGGUGGGGAAGCAAGCAGGGGGGUGGCAGGGCGGGAGCACACUGCCCUCCUGCCGAAGGACUCCCGGCAGCCAGCACUUCACUAAUAGACACCAUAGAGACCCUAAGCAGAAAGGCCAUCUUCUCUGUGGCCAAACCCAAGACUGUUAAAAGAUGUCUGCAAGCCAGCUGGGUAUGGCAGCUCAUUCCUGUAUCCCCAGCACUCAGGAGGCUGAGACAGGAAGAUUACUGCGAGUUUGAGACCAACCUGGGCUAUACAUAGCAAGACCCUAUCUCAAAAAAACAAAAACAAGAAAAAAACAGAAAGCUCUCUAUAAACCAAUAGGCUACUAUGCUAAUAAAAGCCCGGGCCUCGAGAUUGGUUGGGUUGUAGUAGAGGUAUCAGCUGCCUUUUAGGCAACGCAUACCCCAGUACUAGAAAACUGUCACCUUGACUUUCAUAGAGGUUUGUGUUUUUCUUCUUUCUUUUGUAUGGGGAAUUGCACUCAGGACUUCGCACUUGCCAGGCAGGCACACUGUUGCUGGCCUAUAUCCUGGGACUGAUGUGUGUUUUUUUCAUUUUUGGUACCAGGAAUCAAACUCAGGAGCUUGUGCUUGCCAGGCAGGCACUUGUACCACUGAGCUAUAUCCCUGGCCCCCGAUUUGUGUUCCUUUAGAGCUCUUACAUUCCUCUUCUCAACUUCUCGUGUCUUCUCAUAAGACAGACAGGUCUUUCUCUCUCUGGGCUUCUGGCUUCUUUCACUAUAUUUUCCUUUUUGUGGGAAAGUAAGCAUUACAGAAUAAGAAGUCCUGCGGUACAGCUCAGCGUAGAGUGUGAACAUUCAUGAGUCCCUGAGUUCCAUCCCCAGCACCACUGACCCAGAAAAAAGAGACUCCUUUAGACAUGAAGACGUAACCACCUUUAUUCACAGCCGAAUCCAAACUGCUUUUCUUUAAACCCAUGGUUCUCAAACUUUGGACACUGAAUUAUUACCAUCCUCUGAAUUUGUUUGAAAUGCAUAUUUUCAUGGCCUACUCCAGACUUUGAGUCAGAACCUUUUUUUUUUUUUUCUUCAUUUUUUGAGACAGGGUCUUGCUAUGUAGUCCAGGCCUCAAACUUGUGGUGAUCCUCCUGCCUCAGCUUCCAAGUGCUGGAAUUACAGGUCUGCACCACUAUGCCCAGCUGAGUCAAACCUUUAUAGGGUCCAAAAAUCUGGGUUUUAAAAAUCGCCCCUUUCAGUCAAUUUUGAUGUAUACUAAUGUGUAAGAGCCAUUGCUCUGGAGUAAGGAAACUUUUUAAACUAUUCAGCAGUAUCCUAGGUGCACUUUCCUAGACAGUUUCCGGGUGUGAGUGUCUAAAGGCAUCCCCCUCAGUACCCUAUGAUGUCUGAACUCAGAAAACCGAGAUGGUUAGCGUUCUCUUCGCAGAGCAGAGAUCUGAGUUCGACUCGGCAUUUCCUUGUUUGAGUGGGGCGUUGGCUUUUAUCAUUUCCCAAACUCUUCGUAUUCUACUUCGCAUCUCGUAAGGGCACGUUUAGGAUUAGUGUGGAUGGAAGCAGAGAUUUGUGACAUAUGAAGACAGAAAUGGAAAAUACAGAGGAAGAUCAGUUAGAUUCAAGGAAGGCCUCCUAAACGGCGUUCUUCGGCAGCAUAGCGGGCUUUCCUUUCCUAGGGCUCUUUCAGGCAAGCAGGGAUCUUAGCUGUGUAGCGAGGCACAGCUCUACUUGGCCAGGGGUGGCACAGGGAUCGGCUGGCCUGUCAUCCUCUGACAUUGACCUAGAAGUACUGAGAGUACAGGACUUGGAAAGGACAAAGCACUCUGAAACCCAGAAUACGGUAAAGGCAGAAAUAACAUCUUCCCUGGUUCUAGAGCGGUAACUUCUUAACAGUGAGUGGGCAGGAGGAGGGCUGGAGCCUUGGGGCCCCUGGUCUGCUGGACUGGUUUUGCAAGGUGCUUGCGUGGUCUUGCCCUGGAGUGCUGUGUUUAGGCCUCACAGCAGAGGGCGCUGCUAUACUCCAAGAUCGCCAGCUGGCUCCUGCAACCUCACUCCAAAAGCUGCCUCCCUGGCCAGCUGCCUAAUCCACAGAGCUAGGGGCUCAGAGGGCGGGAAGGAGCUGAGGCUACAUUAAGCGAAGCAGGCUGAGGGGACGAGCUCCGCCCCACUAGCGCGUGCAUCCCCUCUGUCCCCAAGCAGGAAUCACUAGUAACCUAUGGAAGAAACCGAAAGAAGUCCCAGACCCACAACCUUCUCGAGUGGGUCAUAUGGUCCCCAGAAAAGUGGAACCUAGACCUGACCCAGUAAGCGACAGUGUCCGAUGCUCACCUUUCAUUUAUCUUAAGUGGAAACUGAGCUGUGAAACAAAAAACCGAGGCUUAUUUACUUUAUGAAAAGUUGUAUUUGCCUAAAAGGCAAAAUUUUCUCAUGGCAUUUCUUGUAAUCUUUUUUUUUGAGGGGGCCCUGGGGAUUGAACCCAAGGCUUCCCAUUAUACUAAGCUGACAAUAGCGCUGAGCUACAUCCCCAGCCCUCCCGUGUGACAUUUUAUGAUAUCCUCUCACCAUAUAAGGACUGUAUGGAUUGUUAUAUGUUAUUUUCAGGAAUAAAAAUAGUAA